AACGAGACCCCUCACACUCUCGGUCACCACCACCUCCAAAAUCCUCCAAUAGCAAUGGCCAGUUCUUCCGGUGCAUCCUCAUCCACUCACCCUACCCCACUUCUUGCACAGGGGGAUUGGACAAAGAACUUGGUCCAUCUGGCGAAGACUGCCGAGCUUAAGAAGCAUGCACUCACAUUACAACUCCAUACGGCCCAUAUUCUCUCUGCACAUGCCUCGUUAGAUCAGAAAAACAAGGCCAUACAAGACUUGAAAGAACAGAAGAACAGACUAGAAAGCGAACGAGCGCGAUUAUUGAACUGUCUCCGAGAAGUUAACGAAGAUCGGGAUAAGGCAGACAUGUUAGAGGUGACGCUCAACAAAGAGUGUGCAGAUCUUCACGCAAAAAUUCAAUCCAUCACCAAUGGUGAAUACGCCGCAGCCAAAGUAGACGUAGACCGGUUACGGCAAGAACUCGGUCAACCGCCUUUGCCGGGCGUCCAAGCAACUAUUGAAGAGAAAUCGGCACAAUACCUGAAAGAGCUUCGUCUACAAGCUGAACAACUGGCAGCAUCGACAGCGUCCGCGAAACGUGCAGCAGAGGAACAACCAGCAGAAAGCCAACCGACAGGCAAGCGUCCUCGCGGACGACCAAAAGGGAGCAAGACCAAACCUAAAGCUCCGGGUGCCAACGCUAACAAGGGCGCCGCAGCGCCAGGUUCAAGUUCGACAGCACCUGCAGAGACUCCGGCGCCGCCUUGAACCUGAUGUCGGCCCUUACGCUGGCCCGCGUUAGGUUGUCGCCUUCCUUGGUCUUUACCUGACUGGGUAAUUUGGGAGUGGUCGCCACUUGGUGGGCGCUGGUAGGACUUGUUAUUGAGAGGCGUUUCAUGUUCGGACCGUUGACGUCGGGCGUCUGCAUCAUCUUGGAGCCCUGGUUCUCCUUUUCGUAUCUCAAGCGACUGAGCCCUGCGAGUCGGAUUGAGUGGUCAUACUGAUGAGUUCGAGGGAGGCUUGGGCUUCGAGUUCAAUGCUGCUGCUGCUGCUGCUGCUAUGUACUCACAUUGUUCCUUCCGAGUACACUCAUUGCCAUCGCUUCUCAUUGACAGAGCUGCCAGUCAAUGUGGCGUCCAACUUCGCCAACUAUUCUCCAAGCGACGUCGAAGGACACUUGGAGGUCAUAUGGCUCGACUGAGCCUCCGACACUGCAGGGUGGCCUCGGACUUUGACACUGACGCUCGAGAAGACAGCAAGGCAGCGUCGAAUUCGGUGUUAUGGCAAUAGAACCUAUGAGCGCCU